GAGCUCAGCGAGAGAAAGAGGAGGGCGGGUGAUUGCCGGCUGGUAAUAUUUUUAACAUUGGCUUUCAAACCAUUACUGAGUACAUGUCCUACCUAUAGCAUGAACUAGAGCAUGGAUAUCUGUUUAUUUAACACACAAAUCCCCAGUAGUCAUACAUCUGCUUAAGUGAUCUUAGCGACUUCUGUCACACUGAGGUAAAUAUUCUGGUCGGUGGGAUUCACACAAGGGACAAAUCCAGAUUACAGCUGAAGUUCGAGAACAAGUUUCCCAUCAUCACUGCUGAGUUUCUCUUAUGCAGUAUUACAGUGAGCGACCGGUGCUUUUGGACAUAGCGGAGACUGAAUUUGGUGUGCUUUAUUAAUCAAGGCUGUGGGCAGUGACGGAAUCCGGGUCAUGAUGGAGAGCGCCCUGACAGCCAGGGACCGGGUGGGCGUGCAGGACUUUGUCCUGCUGGAGAACCACACCAGCGAGGUGGCGUUCAUCGAGAACCUCCGCAAGCGCUUCAAGGAGAACCUUAUUUAUACAUACAUUGGCUCAGUGCUGGUGUCAGUGAACCCCUACAAAGAGCUGGAGAUUUACACUAAACAGCAUAUGGAACGAUACAGGGGCGUCAAUUUCUAUGAAGUCUCACCUCACAUUUAUGCCGUGGGUGAUAAUGCGUACCGCUCCAUGCGGACUGAGAGACGGGACCAGUGCAUCCUCAUCUCAGGUGAGAGUGGUGCUGGAAAGACAGAAGCCUCCAAGAAGGUUCUGCAGUACUACGCCUUCACCUGCCCUGCCAGUGAGCACGUGCAGACCGUCAAAGAUCGCCUGCUACAAUCCAACCCUGUGCUGGAGGCUUUUGGAAAUGCAAAAACUUUACGAAAUGACAAUUCCAGUCGCUUCGGGAAAUACAUGGACAUUCAGUUUGACUUCAAGGGUGCUCCAGUAGGGGGUCACAUCCUCAAUUACCUGCUGGAGAAAUCACGCGUCGUACACCAGAGCCAUGGCGAGAGAAACUUCCACAUCUUCUAUCAGCUCAUUGAAGGAGGGGAGGAAGAUCUCCUGAGGAGGCUGGGCCUGGAGAAGAAUGCCCAACAGUACCAGUAUCUGGUGAAGGGCAACUGUCCCAAAGUGAGCUCCAUAAAUGACCGCAAUGACUGGAAGAUGGUGAGGAAAGCCCUCAGCGUCAUUGGCUUCACUGAUGAUGAAGUGGAGGAGCUUCUGAACAUUAUUGCCAGUGUACUACACUUGGGGAAUGUCCAGUAUGGAGGAGAGGACAGUGGUAGUGCCUAUAUCACUACAGAAACACAGAUUAAAUACUUAGCCAGGUUGUUAGGUGUGGACGGCACUGUUCUUAAAGAGGCUCUUACGCAUAAAAAGAUCAUUGCCAAAGGAGAAGAGCUGAGUAGUCCUUUAAAUCAAGAGCAGGCAGCUUCAGCACGGGAUGCCUUAUCUAAAGCCAUAUACGGUCGUACUUUUACUUGGCUGGUCAGCAAAAUUAACGACUCUCUGGCCUUCAAGGAUGAUUCAUUUAACAGUAAGAACGCUUCUGUCAUUGGUCUGCUUGACAUCUAUGGUUUUGAAGUCUUUCAGAUCAACAGUUUUGAGCAGUUUUGUAUCAACUAUUGUAAUGAGAAGCUGCAGCAGCUCUUCAUCGAACUGACUCUGAAGUCGGAGCAGGAGGAAUAUGAAGCUGAGGGAAUCACGUGGGAGCCUGUGCAAUAUUUUAACAACAAGAUCAUUUGUGAUCUUGUGGAGGAGAAGUUUAAAGGAAUCAUUUCCAUCCUGGAUGAAGAGUGUCUCCGUCCUGGAGAUGCCAGUGACAUCACCUUCCUGGAGAAGCUUGAGGACACUGUCGGUGGCCACGCCCACUUCGUAACUCACAAGCUGGCUGAUGGAAAAACCCGUAAAGUGAUGGGUCGCGAGGAGUUCAGACUGAGCCACUAUGCUGGAGAAGUCAACUAUAAUGUCAACGGCUUCCUGGACAAGAACAAUGAUCUCCUUUUCAGAAACCUGAAGGAGGUCAUGUGUAUGUCCGAAAAUAAAAUCCUCACUCACUGCUUUGACCGAGAGGAGCUCACAGACAAGAAACGGCCAGAGACGGCAGCAACCCAGUUCAAGACCAGCCUGGCGAAAUUGAUGGAAAUACUGAUGUCUAAGGAACCGUCUUACGUGCGCUGCAUAAAGCCUAAUGAUGCCAAGCAAGCAGGGCGCUUUGAUGAAGUCCUCAUCAGGCACCAAGUAAAAUAUCUUGGUCUGAUGGAAAACCUUCGGGUGAGGAGAGCUGGGUUUGCAUAUCGCCGUCGCUACGAGACCUUCCUACAAAGGUAUAAAUCCCUGUGUCCAGACACAUGGCCCACCUGGAAUGGCCGCCUGGUCGAUGGAGUGUCCACACUCGUCAAGCACAUCGGCUACAAACCCGAGGAGUACAAACUCGGCAGGACCAAAAUCUUCAUCCGCUUCCCCAAAACCCUGUUCGCAACCGAAGAUGCACUAGAAGUCAGAAAACACAGCCUUGCUACCAAACUGCAGUCAUCCUGGAGAGGCUACAGUCAAAAAACCAAAUAUCGUAAAAUGAAACAAUCAGCAAUCCGGAUCCAAGCGUGGUGGAGAGGUAUUCUGGCCCGCAGGAAGGCAAAGCGUAGAAGAGAGGCUGCCAACACCAUCCGCAGGUUCAUAAAAGGCUUCAUCUACCGCCACCAGCCACGUUGCCCAGAGAACGAGUACUUCCUGGACUAUGUUCGCUACUCGUUCCUAAUGAAGUUGCACAGGAGCCUGCCCAAAACAGUUCUGGAUAAGAGUUGGCCAAAGCCACCUCCCGCCCUCAUCGAGGCUUCAGAGCACCUCCGCAAACUCUGCAUGCAGAACAUGGUGUGGAAGUACUGCAAGAAUAUCAACUCCGAAUGGAAGCACCAGUUGGAGCAAAAGAUGGUAGCAAGUGAACUCUUUAAGGACAAGAAGGACAACUACCCACAAAGUGUCCCAAAACUUUUUAUGGGGACAAGGCUCAAUGGGGAAGACAUCAAUCCUAAAGUGCUACAGGCUCUGGGAAAUGACAAGAUGAAGUACGCUGUUCCAGUGACUAAGUAUGAUAGAAAAGGAUACAAAGCCCGCAACCGACAGCUCCUGCUCACGGCGAACAGCGCCGUCAUUGUGGAGGAGGCCAAACUGAAACAGCGGAUCGACUACAGCUCACUGAAAGGGAUUUCUGUCAGCUCUCUAAGUGACGGCAUGUUCGUUCUCCAUGUUGCUUGUGAAGACAAUAAGCAGAAAGGUGAUGUGGUGCUUCAGAAUGAGCAUGUGAUCGAGACAUUAACCAAAGUGGCUAUCUGCGCUGACAAGAUCAACAACAUUAACAUUAACCAAGGAAGUAUAAAGUUCAAUGUGGCUCAAGGAAAAGAAGGGAUCAUAGAUUUCACAUCCGGCUCAGAGUUGCUGAUAGCCAAGGCUAAGGAUGGACACCUUUCUGUGAUUGCUCCUCGCCUCAACUCAAGAUGAUGGACGGGUCAUGACCAAGCUCUCCCUGCGUUCUCACAUGAUCUUCCAGAUAUGCUAUUUAGCUCAUCAAUCACAUGACUACCGGCAGAGCUUACCUCUGCAAACGAGACGCUAGCCAGCUGAACCAAAGGCCUCUGCUUUCAGUUGUGAAAAUCUAGCGACUUAUUUAUGUUUUGGGGUUUAAUACUGUUAUAUGAAUAUUAUGAUUUUAUACGUCAAAACCAAGAAAUAACAAAAUAUGUGCAUUUUUCCUGCACUCUGUCUUUAUCUAGCUUUUUUGGGGAAUGUUGAUUGAUUUUUUUUUAGAAGGUGACCUCAGCCAUGUUACCGAGGAAAAUCAGGGUUCGUAAUUUUUUUAGUUGUUCGCUUCGGUUCUAUUUAUGUUCAUCCGUGAUUACUUUUCCAUGGAUCCUGCAAUCCAAACCUACUCGGACCCAGUACACUUUUUCUUCCAGUGAAUUGCUGUCAUUCUAGUGUGAGUUAAAAUUACUUGGUAACUAAAUUGAAACAUUCAUAGGAAAGGUAUUAAUUACUUUUUGCAUAUAGAAGAUUACUUGGAGAUGUUUAUAUGGACGGAUACACCUGUUCUAAACCCUAGUAAGUUAUUAAUAUUAGUUGAUGUGUUCAAGAGAAAUGAGAAUGAACUUAUGCCAAGUGCAUUGAAGGUGCGUGUUAUGUAUGAAAAGGCUCCAGAAAUCUUAAUGUUGAUGGAAAGAAUGUGCACAUUACAACCAGUGAUGGUAACUAUGCUAGAACACCAGCUCCAUUUUUCUCAUUGUGAUUGGUUCGUCAUUCAUUACUCAUAUUAAGAGUUUGAAGAUCAGUUAAUGUCUUUUCUCAGUCGCGAAUCUGUGCCUCAAAAUGUUAGGAUUAGAAAGUAUUUUGAUAUGAUAAAGUGUUCCUGUAGAACUGGGAUGAAAUGGACACAAGAUUGAUCUCCAGUGGUUAAUGGCUCAGGCUUUGUGCUCCUAAUACACUGGACACAAUAAUCCUAUUAACGUGAUUUCCCCCACAUUAGCAAUGCUAUAAGCUUGUGAGAGAUGUUUUUAGCCCUAAUAGUUUGGGAAGUUAUGUGUUAUCUACAAAAAAGGCUUGUUUAUUUCUCUUGAGGCAGGUUUGUGUAUAUGUAGAUAAAAAGUAACAGCACUACUUAAUGUUUGCAAAGCAAAUUUAAAUGUUAUUUUAAAAACUAAACGUGGAAAUUUGACAUACCCAAGUGGACUGUAGGAUUUCAGGCACCCAAAACUGUUAAUAGCAGAAUUAUUUGAUAUUGCCUUAAUGACAUGACUGGUAAAUGAGAAUGUUCAGAGAAACAUUGAGCAUGUGCCUACCAUAGCUAGUGUCAUAGUUGAGGAUACGUAAAAGAAAACACUGUAAGAAUGCUAAAUUGCUUUUAAAUGUUAAACUAAAUGUUAAAUGCUUUUUUUGCGUAAGUGCAGCAUGUAUUUAGAAGAUCUAUUUUUGACAUUUAUAAAAUACCCUAAUACUGUACACACAAACUCAUGGCCCUCCAGUUGAGAUGUAAUUCACACUUUGUAAUUUUGUUUUAUACUAUUUGUGUAAAAUACCUGGAAAUCUGUCAAUUUGAAGCAAACUGACAAUGUAUCUGAGCAUAUUAAAGCUGAUUAAAAA